GUUGGACGGCCUCAUGGAGUCCUAUCCCUGGAGUCUGGAGUUCAAACCAUUUACUCUACAGCUACAAGGAGGUAGCUGUGGGUCUCCAAGCAACUGCAUUUCUCCUCUGAAGAGCCUUGUACCUCUCUCCUGUCCUCUGACCUCUCACCCCUUCACCCUCUCCUCCUUCUCCUGCCCCGACACCAGCCUGCACUCCUUUUGUCUUCCCCUCUGCUGCAAGACCUCCCCCUUCUCCCCCAUUUCCCCCCUGCCGGCCAGACCCUCCCCUUCCCCACGACGCUACUCCCCCCUGCCACCCCUCCUCUCAGCCCUGCCGGGGAAGAAGGCUCCAGGCUUCAGUGCUCUGUGUCUUCAGGGGGGCAUUUCCGGACAUCCACCCAGCCUGCAGCCACACCCCCUACAGGCCCCUCCCUCUCACAGCUCCCCGCGGGGACUCGGCCCUCACUACCCUCACCGCUCCCACUCAGACCCAGCUCCCCCGUACUGUCUGUACCGCUCCAGUCUACCCAGAAACGCUCACCUCGCUGCUUUCUCAUGCCACGCCAAACUGGCUGACAGCACCACAGACUGUCUGCUACGCCAGACACCCUGGAACACCACCAUCAACCACUGCCUCUGACCUCUAACCUCUGACCAUUCCUUACCCUUACCCUAACCUAGCAAUAACAAGUAGCCCUUAUCCUGGAAACCAUAGCGCCAGGUAGAUGUAUCAGACCAUCAUCUACUAGAGCUGUAUCAGACCAGCAUCUACUAGAGCUGUAUCAGACCACCAUCUACUAGAGCUGUAUCAGACCAUCAUCUACUAGAGCUGUAUCAGACCACCAUCUACUAGAGCUGUAUCAGACCAGCAUCUACUAGAGCUGUAUCAGACCAUCAUCUACUAGAGCUGUAUCAGACCAUCAUCAUCUACUAGAGCUGUAUCAGACCAUCAUCAUCUACUAGAUCUGUAUCAGACCAUCAUCUACUAGAGCUGUAUCAGACCAUCAUCAUAUACUAGAGCUGUAUCAGACCAUCAUCUACUAGAGCUGUAUCAGACCAUCAUCAUAUACUAGAGCUGUAUCAGACCAUCAUCAUCUACUAGAGCUGUAUCAGACCACCAUCUACUAGAGCUGUAUCAGACCACCAUCUACUAGAGCUGUAUCAGACCAUCAUCUACUAGAGCUGUAUCAGACCAUCAUCUACUAGAGCUGUAUCAGACCAUCAUCUACUAGAGCUGUAUCAGACCAUCAUCUACUAGAGCUGUAUCAGACCAUCAUCUACUAGAGCUGUAUCAGACCAUCAUCUACUAGAGCUGUAUCAGACCAUCAUCUACUAGAGCUGUAUCAGACCAUCAUCAUCUACUAGAGCUGUAUCAGACCAUCAUCAUCUACUAGAGCUGUAUCUGACCACCAUCUACUAGAGCUGUAUCAGACCAUCAUCAUCUACUAGAGCUGUAUCAGACCAUCAUCAUCUACUAGAGCUGUAUCAGACCAUCAUCAUCUACUAGAGCUGUAUCAGACCAUCAUCUACUAGAGCUGUAUCAGACCAUCAUCUACUAGAGCUGUAUCAGACCAUCAUCUACUAGAGCUGUAUCAGACCAUCAUCUACUAGAGCUGUAUCAGACCAUCAUCUACUAGAGCUGUAUCAGACCAUCAUCUACUAGAGCUGUAUCAGACCAUCAUCUACUAGAACUGUAUCAGACCAUCAUCAUCUACUAGAGCUGUAUCAGACCAUCAUCAUCUACUAGAGCUGUAUCUGACCACCAUCUACUAGAGCUGUAUCAGACCAUCAUCAUCUACUAGAGCUGUAUCAGACCAUCAUCAUCUACUAGAGCUGUAUCAGACCAUCAUCUACUAGAGCUGUAUCAGACCAUCAUCUACUAGAGCUGUAUCAGACCAUCAUCAUCUACUAGAGCUGUAUCUGACCACCAUCUACCAGAGCUGUAUCAGACCAUCAUCAUCUACUAGAGCUGUAUCAGACCAUCAUCAUCUACUAGAGCUGUAUCAGACCAUCAUCAUUUACUAGAGCUGUAUCAGACCAUCAUCUACUAGAGCUGUAUCAGACCAUCAUCAUAUACUAGAGCUGUAUCAGACCAUCAUCUACUAGAGCUGUAUCAGACCAUCAUCUACUAGAGCUGUAUCAGACCAUCAUCAUCUACUAGAGCUGUAUCAGACCAUCAUCAUCUACUAGAGCUGUAUCAGACCAUCAUCAUCUACUAGAGCUGUAUCAGACCACCAUCUACUAGAGCUGUAUCAGACCAUCAUCUACUAGAGCUGUAUCAGACCAUCAUCUACUAGAGCUGUAUCAGACCAUCAUCUACUAGAGCUGUAUCAGACCAUCAUCUACUAGAGCUCUAUCAGACCACCAUCUACUAGAGCUGUAUCAGACCAUCAUCUACUAGAGCUGUAUCAGACCACCGUUAUCUACUGUUUUAUAUUUUCUCCCUUUUUUAUAUUUUCUCCCUUUUUCUCCCUAACACUGACCCUGACCCUAACCCCAACCUGACCCUAACCUAACACUGACCCUAACCGUAACCCUAACACUGACCCUGACCCGAACCCCAACCUGACCCUAACCUAACACUGACCCUAACUCUAACCCUAACACUGACCCUGACCCGAACCCCAACCUGACCCUAAGCUAACACUGACCCUAACUCUAACCCUAACACUGACCCUGACCCUAACCCUAACACUGACCCUGACCUAACACUGA